GAACUUCUCCCGUCAUGACCCUCCUCACCAACAAACCAGGUUACUACGGCAAAGGCUCUGUCGAUGUUGCUCCUCCAGCAUCUUCCAGCGAAGGUCCUAUUCGACGACUUGCCAUCUCCUCUGAUAAAUUCGUUACUAAACCCUCGGACGGUAUUGACACUGUCUUCGACAUCAUUCCUUAUGCAGCUCGAACUCAUGGGACACGAAAAGCCAUGGGUUGGAGAGAAAUUGUGGAAGUGCAUGAGGAAGAGAAGGAGGUGAAGAAGACCGUUGACGGGAAAGAGGUCGUGGAGAAGAAGAAGUGGAAGUAUUUCGAGCUGAGCGACUACAAGUACAUGAACUAUAUCGAGCUCAAUGACGCUGUUACGGAGAUCGCGAAGGGGUUGGUUGAGCUGGGUAUUCAGCCUAACCAUAUCUUCAAUAUUUACUCUCAGACGAGCCUGAACUGGCAACUCAUGGCCAACGCAUGUGCUUCGAUUUCCACUGCUAUUGCCACGGCUUACGACACCUUGGGUCCCUCCGGUCUGGCCCAUUCGCUCAACGAGCCAGAGUGUAUCGGCCUUUUUACCAACGCGGACCUUCUCCCUACUCUACACGAUGUCCUCCGUCGGACCCCAACCGUUAAAUUCGUUAUCUACGAUGGCAAACCUCCCUCCUCUCUUCUCGCCGAUAUCAAAGCCGUUAGAGAAGAUAUCAAAACUCUCUCUAUCGACGAACUUCGAGAGCUGGGCAAAUCCAAACCUAACCACGACGAAAUUCUCAACUCCCGCCGACCAAAACCAGAGACGACGGCGUGUAUUAUAUACACUUCUGGUAGCACCGGUCCACCGAAAGGUGUUGUCAUCUCUCACGGAAACCUGGUCGCAUCCGUUGGUGCUGUAUUCGUGUUGUUGGGUCACCAUCUAAACUCCGAAGACACCUACCUGGCCUAUCUCCCCCUCGCACACGUUUUGGAAUAUAUCGUCGAGCUCAUCAUGUUGUUCGUUGGGGCGACCAUAGGGUAUGGUCGAGUCAAGACGUUGACGGAUGCGUCGGUGAGGAAAUGUAAAGGCGACAUUGCCACCUUCCGACCUUCGCUGAUGUGUGGUGUCCCCGCGGUUUGGGAGACCAUCAGGAAAGGUAUUCUUUCGAAGGUGAAUAGCGGGGGGACACUCAAGAAGGCUGUGUUCAACGGAGCGAUGACGAUGAAGAGAAAUAACGUGCCGGUGCUGUCUCAGGUGGCUGAUUCGGUCGUGUUCAGUGGCAUCAGGGCUGCUACGGGCGGAAGGUUAAGGCUUGCGUUAAGUGGUGGUGCUGCGUUGAGUAGAGAGACGCAGGUGUUUUUAGAUAAGACGCUGGUCGGGAUGCUUCAAGGGUAUGGAAUGACGGAAACCUGCGGAAUGUGCGCCAUCAUGCCCCCUGAGUUGUUGGCAGCGGGGUAUGGGAGCGUUGGGUUACCCCUUCCGUCUACGGAGAUCAAACUUCUUGAUGUUUCCGACGCUGGAUAUACGAGCCGGAACAACCCACCUCAGGGUGAAGUAUGCGUUCGAGGUCCUUCGGUUACGAAGGGUUACUUCAAGAGACCGGAUUUGAAUGAAGACGAGAGUAUUUUCACGAAAGAUGGGUGGUUGAGGACUGGGGAUGUCGGACAAUGGAACCCUGAUGGAACCCUGACGUUGAUUGAUAGGGUCAAGAACUUGGUCAAGUUGCAAGGUGGAGAGUACAUCGCACUUGAGAAACUCGAAUCCACGUACAAAUCCUGCAACCUUGUGGGGAACAUAUGCGUCCAUGCGUCCACAGAUGCCAAACAGCCGAUUGCCAUUGUCAUUCCCCAUGAACAGCAUUUGAGGCAUGCGUUGGGCUCGGAAGAGGCGGGCAAAUCGCUCCAAGACUUGUGUCGUGAUAAAAAGGUGUCGGGUCUGGUACUGAAGGAGUGCAAUGCGGUCGGUAAGAAGAACGGCUUCAAACCUCUCGAAACCCUUAGUGCUGUCAUUCUUACGCCUGAAGAAUGGACACCUGAGAAUGGGUUGGUCACUGCUGCACAGAAGAUUCAGAGGAAGAAGGUUGCGGAAGUGUUCGAUAAAGAGAUUGAAGAAGCGUAUAAGAAGCAGCGGGAUUGAACGGUCUUUGGUGUUAAAGUCCCAUGUUCCUUUCUCCUCUUACUUCUCACGUGAUACUUUGUCUACUUUUUGGACUUUUCUUCUAUAGGAUGUUGUCGUGUAGGGCGCUCUCUAGACUAAUGCCUAACGAAUGAUUUGCAAUACCAUUUUUUUACAUGCAUGGCCAUCG